GUUAGAGCACCUGAAAGCAGCACUUUGUCUCAGAACUACUGCGUUGGUGGCAACAGUAGGAGGACACAGUAACAAUGCAACAUAUCUCUGACCCCAAAUCGAAUCUCAGCAUGCGCCGGUCCCCACCAGCAGCUGACUCAUAUCAGCAAGGCUGCAUCAGGAUGACCCUGGAGAAUGCAGAUCUCUGGAAGUCCUUUCACAGCAUCGGGACAGAGAUGAUUAUAACAAAGCAUGGAAGGAGAAUGUUUCCACACUGCAGCAUCAGUCUAUCUGGGCUCCAACCUUUUGCCAAUUAUGUCAUCAUGGUGGAUAUGGUUCCUGUAGACAGCUUCAAAUACAAGUGGAAAAAGGAGCAGUGGGAGGUUGCAGGGAAGGCAGAGCCCCAGCCCCCGUGUCGGACAUACAUGCACCCAGACUCCCCUGCCCCAGGAAGUCACUGGAUGAAGCAGUCGUUGUCUUUUCUCAAGAUGAAGCUCACCAACAACACUUUGGACCAGCACGGCCACAUCAUCCUGCACUCCAUGCAUCGCUACUACCCCAGGUUUCAUGUCACCCAGGCAGACAGUCCUUACACUGUCCGCUGGGGCCCAUUUCAGACCUUCUCCUUCCCAGAAACGACCUUCACUGCAGUGACUGCUUACCAAAACCCAAAGAUCACCAAAUUGAAGAUUGACCACAACCCGUUCGCCAAGGGAUUCAGGGAGGGAGGCACCCACUCCCACAGUAAAAGGUGCCGUCCAAAUAGAAGCCCUCCUGCAAAAAGAGCCGCACUGGACAGGAAAGAGCUUUGCAACAGUCCUCCAGGCCUGCAGAGGAUGCCCUCCACCUCUCAGUCAGUGCAGCCAGAGAAGAAUCAGGCCUCCACGCAGCAGUCAUUGAAGGGGGGUGACCUUUCAGCCUGGGCUCUGGAGCAGGACCCAUCUGAGAGUCUACAUGCUGAGCCUCUGGCACUGCAUGACUAUGACUACAGCUGUGAAGAGCAGAUGGUGCCUGCAUCCGUCGCAUACCAGCCCUACAGAUCUGCGGAGUACGCCAGAUUUCCACUACCAUCCACUGACGUAGAUGCAUCGCAGACCCCCAACCACGCUCCUCCUCAUCCCCUUGCCACAGCUGAGCACAACGCACAACAACAUGGCUACUACCACCAUCCCCACCAACACAGCCACGCAGCGGAUUGGAGCCAGUACCCACUAUUCUCCUACUCCUGUUGGUGAACUUUGACCAGUUGCAGUGGUGACAUCAUUGACGGUGGAUUAAACUACUAAAGCCCUAAAGGAAUGGUGUUAUUAUGAAUGGACCCGCAACAGACACGCCACUCCAGCAGUUGUUAAAAGUGUAUAAUUGUGUAUAAAGUUUCAUGUAUUUCCAAGAGCUUGUAUUGUGUACGGGCAUCACUUUAAUUUUUCUCAGUUUCACAGGACAAAAAUCAUCUGAAGUAUGUUUUCAUCUCUUUUUAUUUGCUAGUUCAGUUUGAGUUUGCACGGUUGUCAGUGUAACAGUAUGUUUUUUGAGAUAUAUAUAUACUAUUAUUUGUACUGUAUCCAGUCAGCUGGGAAAUAAGUGAAAUUUAAUCUGCAGUUGUGAUGAAAAGAUACCUGUAUGUACUCUAACAGACCUUUAAUAAGAUAUCAUAUUGAGGAAUCAGAGGUUUAUGAAAAGCCUUUUUUUCAUUUGUAAUUACAUAAAAUACAAUUUAGUAUAAAACUGAACUUAAUGCAUAACAAAAUGUACUUUUAUUCAACACCAAACUGUGUGAACAAUUGUAAAGUUUUAGAGUCAUAUGUAAGUUGAAUUGGUAUCUGCAUCAAAAAGAAAAGAAAAAAACAUUGUAUAUGGGUGUUUAGAUGCUGAGGAAAGUUUUAUCACAAUAAAUGGAAAUGAACAACAAUGAAUAAACCAGUAUGACAUUCGGGAA